AUGUGCAGCUCAACAGACACCGGAGAUAAUCAAGAUUCAAAUACAAGCGAGCAACAGAGGAACUUGGAGAAUUGGUUGCCAAUAACAGCGUCUCGGAAAGCAAAAUGGUGGUACUCCGCGUUCCACAAUAUAACAGCUGUGGUAGGUGCAGGUGUACUUGGAUUGCCUUAUGCAAUGACCCAGCUUGGAUGGAUUCCUGGUAUUGCUAUCUUGGUUGUUUCAUGGCUCGUAACUUUAUACUCAUUGUGGCAACUGGUUGAAAUGCACGAAUGUGUGCCGGGAGUACGUUUUGAUCGUUACCCAGAGCUAGGGGAAUAUGUUUUUGGGAAAAAGAGGGGGUAUUGGAUUGUAAUGCCUCAACAAUUAGUUGUUCAAGUAGCUACAAAUAUUGUGUACAUGGUCACAGGUGGAAACUCGAUAAAGAAGUUCUUUGAGCUGCUUGUUCCAACAGUAGGGUCAAUUAGAAAAACCUAUUUCAUAAUAAUCUUUGGCGGCGUGGAGGUGUUGCUUGCUCAAACUCCCAAUUUUAACUCACUAAGGGGAAUUUCAUUACUUGCAGCUGUAAUGUCUGUUUGUUACUCUGCUAUAGCUUUCAUUGCAUCUACAAUAAGAGGUUCAGAGCAUCAUAGAGAAGCACGAUAUGGCCUUCGUGCAACCACCACAGCAGGAACCAUAUUCGGCGUAUUCAAUGGCAUGGGGACGAUGGCUUUUGCCUUUGCAGGUCAUAGUGUUGCUCUAGAGAUUCAAGCCACAAUCCCUUCCACUCCUGAGAAGCCAUCAAGUAAACCUAUGUGGAAAGGAGUAAUUGUAGCAUAUGUUGUUUUGGCAUUUUGCUACUUCUCAGUUUCUAUCUCUGGCUACUGGGCUUUCGGUGUUCAUGUAGAUGAUGAUGUCCUUGUGACACUAAGCAGACCCAAAUGGCUUAUUGCAAUUGCUAAUCUCAUGGUAUUUCUCCAUGUUGUCGGAAGCUAUCAGGUUUUUGCAAUGCCAGUGUUCGACCAAAUUGAAACCUACUUGGUAAAAGAUCUAAAAUGCAAACCGGGGUACACUCUCCGCUUAUUUGGACGUAGUAUUUAUGUCAUUUUGACAGCUCUUGUAGCAGUUUGCAUCCCUUUCUUCGGAGGUUUAUUAGGGUUCUUUGGGGGACUUGUGUUUGCAUCCACAUCAUUUUUUCUCCCUUGUAUAAUGUGGCUUAUCCUAAAAAAACCAAAAAGAUGGAGCUUCCACUGGACUGCAAGUUGGUUUGCGAUAAUAUUUGGAAGUUUGAUAAUGGUUCUUGCACCAAUUGGAGGAGCGCGGACAAUUAUUAUUAGUGCUAAAGAUUACACGUUUUUCUCUUAGGUUGUUAC